GACACGCACACGGACAGCCACACGGACACACGGACACACGGACACACGGACACACGGACACACGCACACGCAGCGCGGCCCCGCAGCGCGGCUCUGCGGCCAAACCCCGCCAACAAAGACCCCUCCGCCGCCGCCGCCGCCGCCGCCCCCCGCGGGAUGUAGCCGGGCCGGGAGCCCCAGCGAGGCAGCGGCCCCGCCGCUCCGUGCCCCGCAGCGAGGCCGGGAGGCGGCGGGCUCAGAGGCGCUGCCGCCACCAUGGGCAAAUCCAACAGCAAGUUGAAGCCUGAAGUUGUGGAAGAGCUGACCAGGAAAACGUACUUCACAGAGAAGGAGGUGCAGCAGUGGUACAAGGGCUUCAUCAAGGACUGUCCCAGCGGGCAGCUCGAUGCCGCCGGCUUCCAGAAGAUCUAUAAGCAGUUCUUCCCCUUCGGUGACCCAACCAAAUUCGCCACCUUUGUUUUCAAUGUCUUUGAUGAGAACAAAGAUGGGAGGAUCGAGUUUUCCGAGUUCAUCCAGGCACUGUCGGUCACCUCCCGGGGGACGCUGGACGAGAAGCUGAGGUGGGCGUUCAAGCUCUACGACCUGGACAAUGACGGCUACAUCACGAGGAACGAGAUGCUGGACAUUGUGGAUGCCAUUUAUCAGAUGGUGGGAAACACAGUGGAGCUUCCCGAGGAGGAGAACACACCAGAGAAGAGGGUGGAUCGGAUUUUUGCCAUGAUGGACAAGAAUGCAGACGGGAAGCUGACGCUGCAGGAAUUCCAGGAGGGCUCCAAGGCCGACCCCUCCAUUGUGCAGGCGCUCUCCCUCUACGAUGGGCUCGUAUAGUCCCGGGGCCGAGCGGCGAUGCCUGGGGGAAGAUGCUCUCCGUGCCAUCCGGCCGCCGCCGCGCGAAGCUUGCCUGUCCCUCCCGGCCUUCCUUUCUGUUCCGCGAGUCAGGGAUGCCCUCGAAGCGCGAGCGACUCCCCCUCUGCACUCUGAACCAGCCGCUGCCAUUCGCCAACUUCUGCUUUUUCCAAAAAAACACAAACAAACCCCUCGCCAGACCCUGGUCUGAGUGGCAGCGAACGCCCGAGAUUCAGGGCGGGGGGAAGGCUCGAGCAGCGCCGCCGGCAGAGCCUCCCCUCGCUCCCUUUUUCCUCCCUCUGGAUGGGACUGCGGAUGCGCCGGCGGGGUCCUCCCUUGGGAGCCAGCCAGAGGUGGAGAUGGAGCCCAAAGGUACCGGGGGGCUGCGCCCCAGCUCUGCCCCUUGGCGUGGCCGAGGCACCGACGGCGAUUGGGAACAGAGUCCUGGCGUCACCCACAGCGCCGCUGGCAGCCCGGCUCGGCUCACUAGGGAUAUAUAUUAUAUUGUUAUUAUAUUUUUCUUUUUUUUUUUUGUGAGACAGUAUUGUGCUUUUUGGUUUGGUUUUGUUUUGGGUUUGUUGUUUUUUGUUUUUUUUUUUCCCUUCGGUGGAAAAAAGUGAGGCUUUUUUUUACACGCCUAUCUCGACGAUCGAUACCCUUAUUUAUUUGUUGUAAAUGUUGCUGCUGUGUUUCGUCUCUCGUGUGCGUGUCCACCCACCCAGGUGAGGAUCUGUAAGGUUUACAUGCUCGUACACUAUUGCGGGGACCCGGGAGCCUGCAAUAACAAUGAAGCCAAAAAUCUGCCUUCCCCCUCUCCUCCCACCCCUCGUAUCCCAAGCUCCGUGGGCUGGCUGCUGUUUGGAGGGGGUGCUGUAGCUUCUUUUCCUCUUCCCGUUCCCGUGUUCCCUGCAUUUUUCUGUUCACCCCACCCUUUGGGAGCUCAGCGAGGGCUCACUCAGCCCAAACCCUGAGCAGACCAAGCUCCAUCCCUCAGUCGGGCAGGGUGAGGAAACUGCCGGGCACCAGAACGUCCCAAUUUCCUUCCUUUUAUUCAUUCUCUCACUGCAUGAAAAAGUAUUAAUGGAGCCCAGAGCUGGGUUUUGCUUUCAGGCAGAUUCCUUUGCUAUGUUCUGCUUUGCAAACGGUGGGAAGGUGUCUGGUGGUGGCUGUGAAUCGUCCUGUGUGCUGGAGGGGCAGAGGGGGAGCCUUGCUCUGUCUUGCUCCGUGUCCCCAUCCCAGCUGGGGCAGGGUGACAGGGGAGUGCCAGGCUGGGCUGUGCACAGCUCGGGGUGUCUCCUCACCCCCUCACUCCCACGGGACAGGGGAGGAUUUGCUGUGAACCCAGGGUGUGGCCCCAAGCAGAGCCGCUUGUGCCCACCUUGGAGGAGGCAAAGGGCUGGGAAUACACCUGGGGACAUUGGGCUGCAGCCCCCCGUCAUCAGCAGGGCCUGCAUGGCCUCUCCAAACUCCAUCGACCCCCAGCACUCCUCUGGGAUGUGCCCCCAGCUCAGCCCCACCAGCACCCACACCGUGGGACACAGUUGGCAUCUCUGCUGGAGAAUGAGCAUUGCAUGGGUGGUGCCUCAGCUGCCUUGGCCCCUGCUCUGGGACAGGAGAGAGGUGCAUUCCCUCAGGAGCAGAGUGCAAGAAGCCUUUGGGACCCCUAAAGCCACCCUGGGGCCUCACCCUUCCAUCUCUGGUCCAGCUGAUGGUAGCAGCAUCUUUCCACCCAUCUUUCUCCCCCCUCCCGUGGCUAAGCCCAGACAGAACUGUCCCCAAGGCAGUGGGAGGUGACAUCUGGAUGUGGAGGACAGUCUGACAGGUGUCUCACCAUGCAGCAGACAAGGCGGUGCCUCAGUGUUUCCCGAAUCCUCCCAGCCAAGAGAUGCUGGUUCUUCACUGUGCAGCCCCACUCUCCAGUUCUGGGAUUUUGUGCUUGUGGUACUUCUUGAUGCCCACGAAAAAUCACCUUUCCCCAUCCCCAAGGAGACUGACCUCACGUCCACGUGCAAUAUUUCUGCCUCCUCUGCAGCUCCUGUCCCUGAGGAUGCCCGUGUUUCAUUGUGGGGGUGCUUCUGGAGGGUGUCUCUCACUCACUCCCAUGGAAACCUCCUUUUCCUUAUUGCUCUGUGGCCAAAAUGCAACUCUCUGGGGUAGGUUUUUUGCAGUGCCUGCAACUUAUUGAAUGCUCAUCUGCCAGACUGGUCCCCUCCUGGUGCCAAUUGAUGUUCCCAAUGAAUGUGACACUGCUGUAAUCACCUCCACUGAUGAAUGACAGGCCCUGCCACGUUUGACAGAGUUCCUAGGCAAAGGCAAACCUCAUUUGCUGUGACACUUUUCCCCUGGAAAGCUUUUAAUUUUUGGAGGACCUGUCAUGGUUUGAGCUCCCUCAGUGCUCACAGAUGUCUCCCCAGGGAGUCAGCCCUGCCAGGGCUCUUGGCACGCUGAGUGUCCCUGAGCAAAGCACUUUGGCCCCAGUGUUCCCCCUGGCCGUGGAUUUGGGACCCUGGCUUGGAUGCUUCUAGUCUCCCUUUUGGGGAGGACCGAGGGGCCCUGAUUCCUCCUGAACACCACCAGGAUCUGCAGCAUACCUUGGUGUCACUGAAAAUAAGGCUUGGAGUGUCUCGUGCUUGGAAAUGUUGGCCUUAACCUCCUCGUGCCUCAGUUUCCCCAUCAGUGGAGUGGCUGGGGUGAGCCAUCCCCCUCUGCAAAGCAGUUUGGUGUCAGUGCCCUGGCAAGCACGAGUGCUGGACACAGCUCAGGACUGAGGGCACAGGGCUUGGCAGGGCCCUCCGAGGGUCAGGGAACGGCGCGUGGAAUGAGAGGUGGAAUUUACAUCAGCGAGGCUCUGACUCCAGCCUGUUCUACACCUGCUCGUGGUGAAACGGCCAGCAAGCCCUGCUUUGUCCCUGUUCCUGCUCGGGUUCCUGGUGCCUGUCCAAAGCAGAGCCCUGGCCAUGGGAAGGGGGCCCAAAGCACAGCCAGGCAGAGGUGAGGGUCCGGCCCCGGUGACUGUGGCAUGUGCCCCCUCUCAUUUGUCCCUGUCGGUGUUGCCCCAUUAAAUGCCACGUCUGUACUUUCCUUUCUUUUCACUUUUCUGUCUGUGUGCUGACUGUUGCUGCUUUGUAUCCGUCUUUCCUUGAGCUCUGGGGCUGGGCUGGGCUGAGCUGUUUCCCCCAGGAGCAAGAGCAUGGGAGAGGGCUCUGGGGGCAGAUUCCCCCCUGCCCUCUCCUCACUGCACAAACCAGGACCCGAGAGAGAAGUGAAGGGUUUUUCCUCUGGAGCAGGCUGUUAAUUAAUGCAUUUUAUCACGAGACCAGGCUGGUCCCAAGAGUGCUCUCUGUUGGGUUGGUGGAGGGGGGGGUUGGCUUAUGGGGGACCCCAGACCCUGUUUGUGCCAGGUACCAGCUGCAUCUACCCCUCCCUCACAGAAGCAGAGGCCUGUUGGUCCUUCCUGUGCCAUCAGGACAGCACAUUCCUGUUGGAUGGGGAGGCUGAGGUGGUGGGAAUCCCUGAGUGGGCAGGGAUGCAGCUGCCCAGAGGGUGGAAUUGUCUCAGAGUCUUGGGAUCUGGGUUUGAGCCCCACUUGGAGCAGGGCUGGCUUUGAAGCAGGGCCAGGCAUGGCAUGGGGGCAGCUGAAAUCACUGGCAGAGCUGCCCCCUUCCCAUGUAUUUAGGGUUGGGGGGUCAUUUGGGAUGGGUGAGUGACCUGCAGCCAGCUCACUGUCCCCCAUCCAAGGAGGAGAUUUGGGGCAUUUAGUGAGAGCGUCUGUCACUUCUCCUUCUCGAGGGCAUUGGAGGGGAGGGUGUGGCUGGGACAGAAGUGGGGGCUGAGGGCAAAGGAGGGAGCUGAUGGCCCCAGUCUCAGUGCACACUUUGGGCUGCAGCAGUUUUGGGGUCUCAGUUACGCAUGUCAGCCCUGCCCAUGCAGCAAAGUCAUCUUUCCCUUCUCUCUCUGCUCCUGUGGCCACCAGCCCCGGGCUGGGUGCCCUGUGCCUGCCACAGGUGUGACCCCUGCCCAGGGGUGGCCCAGCCCCGGGCUGAGAAGCAGCAGCUCCAGCAAAGAGCCUUGUGUGUGAAGAUGAAGCCUGUGUGUGCGUCCGUGCCGGUGUCUCGGCUUGCAUGCCCCGCUGCCUUGUCUUGAGAUGAAUUCAAGAGCAAACCAAGCAAAUGAAACAGUUUAAUAACAGAACAAAACAAAACCCAGGAACUUUGUGACAGUGGAAAUAAAAGCUUAAUGACAGUAA